AUGAAGAAGUGCGAAGAAGGACGAAGGUGGAAGAUAAUUAUCUAUCAGUUAAACAGACUUACAAAGGGAUGUGUUGGUAUGUUGUCUCUAACAGUAAGCCUAGUUUGUGCCCUAAUCGUAAAUCAGUUCAUACACAUGACAGAGAGCAUUACAACAAAUAUAGUUUGCUCAAAGUGGUACACCGCUGAUAUAAGUGUUAAGAAAGAUGUUCUCUUCAUAUUAUUAAGUACUCAAAGACCCUUUACGCUUAAUGCAUUGCCACUAGGAACUUUAAACCUGGAACUACUGUUACUGGUACGUAUGAAUAUGUUGAGUAGUUGA